UCCUCCGCUCGGAGGUGUACUGCGAUAGGUAUCGGGUCAAUAUCUUGUUGAUGCUUAUUAGAACGGCAGGACCGCACUUUCCCAUUCCCGCUUCUUGGACCGACUGAGGACUCUGCCAUCGUUGAUCGUUGCUGUAUGCCUUACCGAGUAUUCCGCGCAUCUCACGACCAACCAAGGAACCCCCACGCCAACUGCACUAACUGACGAACCCCGGCAGCUCGGCCAACACACGUGCAGCUUCGGCUCUGCUGCAUCCCCGCGCCGUUGUUCCCCUCCGCUUGGUUGCUUAUCCCGAUCCGAGGAGGAGCGAGGAAGCCGGGUGGCACCACCGCUGCACCACCCUGGUAGCUGGGGAAGCUGAGGGGAAAUCGCGCAGCGGGCUUGUAGCUUAUACCGAGACUUGGAUUCUGACUGCCAUUGACGGUCUUGUUGGGCUGGCUUUUUCUCAGCUCGAUCUGCUUUGGUUCUGCUUGUCUUCGACUGUCAGUUGGGCCGGUGAUACCUAGACGAAAAUGGCGGCGCAGGAAGACAGCUUCCUCUAUGCCCUGAGCUCCAACAACGCCUGGGCGGGCUACAAGGCGCAUCAGAACCCCAACUUCUUCCCCAAGCUCGCGAGCGGCCAGUCCCCUCAGAUCCUCUGGCUGGGCUGCUCCGACUCGCGCUGCCCGGAGACGACGAUCCUGGGCCUGCAGCCGGGCGACGUGUUCGUGCACCGCAACAUCGCCAACAUCGUGUCGGCGACCGACGUCAACACGGCGGCGGUGGUCGAGUACGCGGUGGCGCACCUGCGGGUGCAGCACGUCGUGCUGUGCGGCCACUCCGGGUGCGGCGGCGCGCUGGCCGCGCUGGGCGGGUCGCGCGUCGGCGGCGUGCUCGACACGUGGCUGGCGCCGCUGCGGGCGCUGCGGCAGGCGCACCGGGAGGAGCUGGACGCCAUCCGCGACGACGCCGCGCGCGCCGUGCGCCUCGCCGAGCUGAACGUGCAGGCCGGCGUGGCGGUGCUGAUGGAGAACGUGGUGGUGCAGGAGGCGGUCAGGGAGAGGGGGCUGGAGGUGCACGGGUGCUUGUUCGAUCUUGCCACGGGGAGGAUCCGCGAUCUGGGGUUCGGGACGGGCCGGAAGGGUCCGAGCGGGAGUGGUGGGAGUGGCGGCGAGGAAUUGGUGAGGGGGAAGCAUGCCCAGUUGGUGUUCAGGGGCGGGAAUGCGUCCAUGACGGUGCGGUGAGCCCGUCGGGGCGGCGGCUGGAGAGAGCUGUUUGAGCCACGCGUGGUUUGGCUGCGUGGGUGGAUUUUUGUGACACCGGAGCACCGGCCUGUGUUGGUUACAU